AUGCACCGAACAUACAGCAUGCGCCAGUCUCGUGCGCCUACGGCGUCGCAGAUUCAGAGCCCCCCGCCUCCUGCUUCUUCGACAAAGAGCGGGCGCUUCUUUGGCAAGGCCAACAUCGGACAUACGUUCCGCCACAAGUCUGCCGGCGCAUUUGGCCCCGACCUUGCAAAGAAGCUUUCACAACUCGUCAAGAUGGAGAAGAACGUCAUGCGCAGCAUGGAACUGGUUUCCAGGGAGCGCAUGGAGGUCGCACAACAACUCUCCAUUUGGGGCGAGGCUUGCGACGACGACGUCUCGGAUGUCACUGACAAACUUGGUGUUCUCAUCUAUGAAAUCGGCGAGCUUGAGGACCAAUACGUCGAUCGAUACGACCAGUACCGCGUGACUAUCAAGAGCAUUCGCAACAUUGAGGCUUCCGUCCAGCCCAGCCGCGACCGCAAGCAGAAAAUCACCGAUCAGAUUGCUCAACUGAAGUACAAGGAGCCCAACUCCCCCAAGAUUGUUGUGCUUGAACAAGAACUUGUCCGCGCUGAGGCCGAGUCUCUGGUCGCCGAGGCCCAGCUUUCUAACAUUACGCGUGAGAAACUCAAGGCAGCUUUCACUUAUCAAUUCGAUGCAAUGCGCGAACAUUGCGAGAAGUUGGCCAUCAUCGCCGGUUACGGCAAGCACCUUCUCGAGCUUGUUGAUGAUACCCCGGUCACCCCCGGUGAGACUCGUCAGGCAUACGACGGAUACGAGGCUAGCAAGGCUAUCAUCCAGGACUGCGAGGAUGCUCUUACCAACUGGGUUUCCCAGAACGCCUCCGUCUCUGCCAAACUCUCUCAGCGAUCGCGUACCCUUUCUCAGCGUCGCCGCAACCGCAACCACAGUGAGGGUGUCGACCUAUCAGGCCAAGACCAGGCCCUCGACAGGGAAUCUGGCCUUUGGAUUCCCGCCUCAGAGCACCAUGGUAACGGUUACCAGGGCGAGGAACUUGACGAUGACAUCAACUCCACCAUUGCUAGCGAGCACCAGCGUGGUCGGGAAGACGAGAGGAUUGUUGCUGCUUAGACGUCUUACUGACGCGUUGGACAGUGUUCCACUUUCCGUCAUCUAAUAGUCCAUCUUUGCAAGGAUCGACGAUGUAUACCCCUGACGGAAGAGUCGGUAACACUGCGGAGCUCGAUCCAACUUAUCAUUUUCAUGUGGCUUGGGCCAUGUGAAGUGCAAUGUUCUGGAUGGUGUGCUGCAAGCUCUGGUCUAUUCUCGGAUAUCAAAGUUUUUGACGAUUUUUAUGAUGCGGUACGUUCGUAUAGGAGAGUUGUGGUAAAUACAGUAAUGAAAGAGUCUUUAUAUGCU